GCAAAUGUAUUUCGUUUCUCGUAAAUAUCGAGAUACGAAAGAACUUGCAAAACAAAUAAAUAUUAUAUGCAGAUGGCAUAUCGUGUACAAGCCAUAAUAUAAGCAUUAAUAUGUUGUUUUUAUAAAUCAGCCAAAACCAAAAAGGAACAAAUAAGAGAAGUAGAAUCGAUAGUAAUAUAAACGAGGGUGCUUGAUAUCAACCAUGCAUACGGGACGAGAUUUAUUGUGUAGUCAAUAUAAAUAAAUUUUAUUGUACACAUGCUGUAUGUUUCGUUUGACUCGUUCCAGCCUUAUCAGUUAUUAUUAGUUAAAAAGAAAACAUCAUUUAAUUAUUAAAAUAGAAUGCUAUAUUUAUAAAGUUUUUGCUAAUAAUGGGUGUUUCUGAGUGGAAAAGAGUAAAUUUGUUUGAUUUCCUUCCCUGUUCUGAAUCAAAAAAUAUAUCUAUCAAGACAGAUAUAACUGCACAGUGCUGUAAUUCUGUUUAUAAAGUUUUUUGUGAUGCCUUUGGGCGAGUGCAUGUAUAUUUCAACAACUGGGAUUCAAUAUCUUUUUCUACGAACUUUGGCUUUAUUCAAUUGUGUACUAUAGCACAGCAAAGCAAUUUACUUAUACUGCUGUUUAAGCAUGAGGAUGGUUUAAUAUUACAAUCUUAUGACCUGAAAAGGAUUUCCAAGAUAAAUGGUUGUCCAAGUAUUAGUACUGGCCGCUUAUCUACGUCUUGUGAACCAAUUGCAAUGGUGGCUUGUUUUCUGGACAAUCAGCUUGGUAUAAUAAUUGGAUUUGAAAACGGUGAUAUAUUUUUUCAUCGUGGACCUGUAAAAAGUGACUUAACAUCUAAUUUCAGUAAAUUUAAUAUUGGUAUAACAAUAAAUUUCAUUGAAUUAAAUCAGCGUAACACAUUGCUAUAUGACUUGUUCGUUUGCUCUCAAACUGGAAUAUAUUAUUUUAUUCUUAACGAUCAUAAUGUGUUAAGCGAAACGAAGAUAGCACUUGAAUCUGCAGAACAUUCACAUCGAGUUUAUACCUUAUAUAAAAGAAAUUCUGAUGAAUGCUUACUUAUAGCAGGACAUGAAGACGCAUUAUACUGUUAUACUAGACAUGGACGAGGUCCAUGUUAUGCGAUCGAGGGUAAAAAGCAAUUGAUAUUACAAUUUAAAAAUAACUUGGUUAUUGUGACUGAAACGAAACAUUCAUCACUUUAUGAUACAAAGCGGUUUGAACUUAUUUUAAUAGAUGUUCAAAAUAAUAUAAUAAUAUUUAGUAAAGAGUUCAACUCAAUUAUAAGUUUGCAUGUAGAUGUUGAUAAUUGUUAUAUUCGAUUAGAUGGGAAUAUGUUUUACUUGAGGGAGCGAGAAAUAUCGAAGAAAGUUCAAUUGCUAACAGAAAAACAUUUAUAUGAUGUUGCAAUACGUUAUGUUGUAGAAACCAAUAUGGAUGAAGAAAGUAUUGCUUUGAUAAAUGGAAAAUUUGGUGAUUAUUUAUUUUCCAAAGGAGACCUAAGUGGAGCUGUAGAAAAGUAUAUUAAAACAUUAGGCUUUAUAGAGCCUUAUCAUAUUUUAAAAAAAUUUCUGUUUUCUAGACACAGAAAGUAUAUUUCUAAAUAUUUAAAUGCCAUAACUCUAGCACAAAAUGCAACGCAAUCACAAACGGAUAUGCUGCGAAAUUGCGUAGAACCACUUGAAUUGUUGUUAAAAGUAAAAAAACAGUGUAUUGAGACUACUAAAGAUGGUGAAAGCGAUAUACACAAAUAUAGUAAAUUUCAAUAUAAUACUAAAUUUAAGACUGUCUUAAAAGCUAUUGAUAUAAAUAGAGAGUAUGAAAGAACUAAUGAAAUAGAUGAGGAAUGUAUGUAUAUAUUUUUAAUGCAAAACUCUAAGAAAGUUUUAGAUAAUUAUGGCAUAAAGUUUACAAAUAUACUUAAAAAUAUGUUUGCCGAAUCCAAAAUUCAUUCUCCAGAUCGAUUUAUACCUCUGCUUAUUGAAAAUAUUAACUGUUGUACUAGUUUUAUGGAACAUAUAACUUCUUUUGGAAAUAGUACCAAAACAAAUAUCAUGGUUUUGUGCGAUUUAUAUUUACGCGAAUGGCAGAGACGAAAGGAAACUUUACCUAAUGUGUUAAACUUUAUCGAAAAUAACAUAAAUCGUGAUAAUGCUUAUAAAGCAUUUAUAAUAUUUGUUACAUUUUCAUUUUGGAAAGGUGUGGCUUAUAUUAGAGAUAAAUAUGCGCAAAAUAGCGAACAUAUUCAAUAUUUAAUGAAUGGUUUAUAUUAUUAUAUAAAUAAAGAUAAGUGUGUUUCAAAUCUGGAUAACUGCUUACAAUAUUUAAUUAAAGAUGGUAUUUUAUCUAAUAUUUUUACUAUAUCUAUCAAUUUAACUGAUACUAUAUUCAAUGAGAAGCAAAAUGCACUGCCAGUAAAACAUAUGUUAAUGAACAAAAAUCUGAAAGUAUCUAAUAUUAAUAACUUUAAUAAAGUAGAAGACAACACUUUAAUUAAUCCAGAUAAUUCUGAAACACAAAAAUUGUUAAAAACUUUAUAUUCAUUAAAAAAAUUAAUAUAUAAUUAUAGUUAUAGCCCAAUAGAAUUUAGAAAUAAUUGUUGUAAUAAAUGUAAGGAACGAUUAAAUUUAAGUAGUAUACAUUUCCUUUGUCAGCAUUCGUAUCACAGAAACUGUAUUUCGUCAGAUAUGGAUAAUAUUGCAUGUUUGAUAUGUUCACUAAAGAAGAAAACAUAUAACGAUAACUUAAAAUAUAGUAUGUGCUUAAAUGAAAAAAAAAAUGACUUUAAAAUUUGCAACAGUAUAAUAUCUCAUUUAGCAGGUAUAAUAUCUAAAGAUGUUUUUAACUCUUUAAAUCUCAAAGAACAGUCGCUUAAAAUCCAAACUCAGAAUUUCACUAAUUUCAAUAGUUUAGAUAACAGAGAACAUUUGACUGGUUCAGUUCCAAAUUCUAUAAAUAUGUCAAAAGCAUCUAAGGAAACUUCUAAAAACUUACCAGGCAGUAAUAAAUUCGGUGCUAUAACAAAUAGUAUAAAAAGAAGUGAAAAGUAUGAUGAUAAUUUAAAUCCUUUUAAUAUGUGAAAAAAUGUUUUAAAAAAGAGUUUUAUUGAUUUUGCGGAAUUUGUACAGCUUUAAUAAUCGCAGAUUAAGAAGCUGAAAAAUAUUGUUAUUUAAUUUUUAGUUGCAUGAAGUAGAUGAAUUUGUUGAGCAGUGUAUUGCGUACGUAUGCAUUGAGUAUUGUGAAUCAAAAUUGUUCCUGAUUAAGAAGAGAAAAAUUUUUUUUUCAAAUAUAUUUAUAUUACAUGUUUUUAAAAAUAUA